AUGGCCAGAAAAAAAACACAAAGAGUGAAGAGAAAAGCUCCAAAUGCUAGGGCAGAAAAGCGGUUUUCUUGUUUAGAGUGUAACAGAGAGCACACAGUAGUGUGUGUGAUAGAGAGUGCAAAGAACAGAGGGACUGCCAAGUGCACAUUUUGUGAGGCAACGCACAGAUGUCAAACAAAUCGGCUGUCACAGGCAAUAGAUGUGUAUGCAGAUUGGGUAGACCAUGUUGAAAAGAAAUCUUCUAUGUGAAUAGAUUGAAUAAUCUAAAAUUAUAAUAAUAAAUAAAAUAGCU